AUGGACCCUUCACCCUCGACACCCACCAGCGCAGGCAGCUGGGAGAGCGAACAUGUCUCGAAAGCAACCUCAUCGUCCGCGUCGUCUAUUCAGAGCGACGAUGCUCCGACAUGCUUGAUCUCAACGAGCCCCACUCCGGUUGGAAAGGAUGGGUCAUGUCAAACCAAGUUUCCCGAUACAUUCCCUCGACCGCCGCAAGAUUGCACCCCGGAAGAGGUCGCAGAUGCCGACGCCCAUACACCUGAUAGCUGGAUGAGGCGGAAUCCUCGACUCGUGCGGUUAACAGGCAAACACCCGUUCAACGCCGAAGCACCCCUUCCUGAUCUUAUCUCUGCCGGUUUCUUUACUCCAGCUCAUCUGCAUUUCGUCCGCAAUCAUGGCGCCGUUCCUCGAGUGCAAGGAGAGGAGAAUCGAUCUUGGACGAUUCGCGUACAUGGUCUUGUUUCUCGCGCCAUGACAUUCUCGAUAUCGGAUUUGAGGGAUCGCUUCAGGACGGUGACACUUCCUGUGACACUGGUAUGCGCGGGGAAUCGACGUAAAGAACAAAACGUCGUACGCAAAAGUUUGGGCUUCGACUGGGGAGCAGCGGGCGUCAGUACUGCCUUGUGGACUGGGGUCUACCUUGCCGACGUGCUCGAAUUUGUCGGACCCAUUCGUGGUGAGGCUAAACACGUUAUCUUCGAGGGUGCCGAUUCCCUGCCGAAAGGACCGUACGGCACCUCACAGCGUCUUUCAUGGGCCGCUUCGCGGGAGAAGGGCAUGCUUAUUGCAUGGGCCAUGAACGGACUGCCUCUGGAGCCAGACCAUGGAUUCCCUGUACGCUUGAUAGUACCCGGUCAGAUCGGAGGGCGUUCUGUAAAGUGGCUCCGUCGCAUUGAGGUUUCGAGAACUGAAUCGGAGCACCAUUUGCAUUUCUGGGAUAACAAAGUCCUCCCGCGCCAUUUGAGCCCAGAUGUAGCCCGAAACGAGUCAUCUUGGUGGCACGACCCGGCCUAUCUAAUAACCGAGUUAAGCGUGAAUAGCGUCAUCACCUCGCCCAAACACGGCGAGACUCUUGAUGUCAUAGAAAGUGCCGGUGUCUCUGAUGGCCUCGAGAUGUACGAGAUACGAGGUUAUGCUUACUCGGGUGGAGGGAGGAAAGUCACACGCUGUGAGGUCACCUUAGAUGAGGGGCGAACGUGGGGACUAUGUUCUAUAGAGUAUCCAGAGGAUCGCUUUCGGGAGACUACAUACAACGACGGCGUCUUUGGAUCACUAGACUUGACUGAUCGGGACACUUCCUUCUGUUGGUGUUUCUGGUCAUUGCAGGUGCCAGUUCGUGCAUUACUUCAGACUCGAGUCAUCGAGGUAUGCGCGAUGGACGAAUCGAUGAACAUGCAACCUCGGGACAUCUAUCUCAAUGCGACAUCAAUGCUGAACAACUGGCUCUUUCGAGUAGCUGUAUUGAAGUCGGAUACCCCCGGUGGACAUAGGCUCGUCUUCGAACACCCGGCUCCAGUUGGCGCAGUUGAAAGACCUGGAUGGAUGGAGCGCAUGCGAAACGCGGGCUCUGACCCUGCUCGUCCAUACUUCUCCUCUACGGAUCGGGGGCCGACUGCCGCCAUUGCUAACGACGCAGCCACGAAGGAAGUGCAGAUGGUGAAGCCUGGAGUCACCAGGAAGAUCACACCGCAAGAGCUCUCGGAGCAAGAUCCCCAGACCCCUUGGUUCGUUGUCCACGGCCAGAUCUACGACGGUACCACCUUUCUUGACGCGCACCCUGGCGGACGUGACUCCAUUACCCUUGUUCACGGACAAGACGCAACCGAGGACUUCAUGGCCAUACAUAGCAUGGAUGCUCGCGCACAGCUCGCGGAGUAUCACAUCGGCACACUGCUGGACUCGGCCGACAAGGGGAAAGAAGUAGAUGACGCUGCCCGAAUACGUCCCGAUGAUCCGUUCCUCGAUCCGCGCCUGUGGAGGCGAACAACUCUCGCCGCUAUUGUGCGUGUGAAUCACGACUGCUGCGUCUAUCGGCUCAAGUUGGACCACCCUACUCGAGCCCUCGGACUGCUGUGCGGUCAGCACAUCUACGUUCGCAUCCGCAGAGAUGGAGAACUUGUUCAACGCGCAUACACGCCCAUCUCCGCUCUCGGCAUGACAGGGAGUGUGGAGCUCCUAGUCAAGCUAUACCGACCGGAGGAAGCGUACCCACUGGGCGGCAAGAUGUCGGCUCUCUUUGAGAAACUGCAGGUUGGCGAUCAGGUUGAGGUCAAGGGCCCCAUUGGAUCUUUCAUCUGGAAGGGACGCGGGUCGUAUCUAUGGCGCGGAAAGACGGGGCAUACGAAGAACGUUGGGAUGAUAUGCGCAGGAAGUGGUAUGACACCGAUAUACCAAGUACUGAGCGGCAUUCUCCUCGAUCUCGAAGAUCGCGAGACUCGCAUAUGGCUUAUAUGCGCUAAUCGAACGGUGGCCGACAUCCUUAUGCGAGAGGAACUCGAUGGGAUGCUCAAACAAUGCGGAGCCCAGCGUUUCGCGCUUUACCAUACGCUCAGUCAAGCACCUGUGGAAGGUUGGACAUACGGUUCCGGUCGCGUCAACGACGAGAUGAUGGCCGCGCACUUGCCGCUCCCUUCUCCGGACAGCCUCAUUUUGGCAUGUGGCCCUCCUGCAAUGCUUAACGAAACUGUGAAGCCCGGUCUUCGAACGAUCGGAUGGAAUAUAGAUGAACAGCUUGUCAUAUUCUAA